AGCCAAAUUCCCUCCGCCCUUUGCCCCUCCUGGCGGGAGUUCCCCACCCCGCCCCCCUGAGCCCAGUCCCGCCCUCGACCCCGCCCCGCGCUGGGCACAGGCACGUAGAGGAGAGGAGUGGACUGGACGGGACUGGACAGCCGUGCAGCGCAGCCCAGCGCAGCGCAGCCAGCGGCAGCGCCGCACACCCAGCCUCGCCAAGCUUACGGCCGCUGGAAAUGAAGAGAGGGGGCUUCUGGAGCCGGAGCCUGUGGCUGAUCAUCGGUGUCCUGUGGGAGGCAGGCCUUGUCAGCACCUAUUCUAUGACUCCUCCGACCCUGAACAUCACAGAGGAAGAAUACGUCAUUGAAGCCCAGGAUUCCCUGGCCAUCACCUGCAGAGGUCAGCAUCCCCUGGAGUGGGCAUGGCCCCGGCGCUGGGAGGAGCCUAGCCAAGGGGACAAGGAGAGCAAAGUCGGGGUCCUGGCAGAGGUCGGAGCUGAACAAGACUGUGAGGGCACAGACAGCCGGCCCUACUGCAAGGUGCUAGUACUGACCAGGACCCAGGCCAAUGACACCGGCUCCUACACCUGCUACUACAAAUACAUCAAGGCCCGGAUCGAAGGCACCACUGCAGUAAGCACCUACGUGUUUGUGAGAGACUUCGAGCAGCCCUUCAUCAACAGGCUGGACACUCUCCUGGUCAACAAGGACCAUACAUGGGUACCCUGCCUGGUGUCCAUCCCGGACCUCAACGUCACUCUGCAUUCGCAAAUCAGGGUGAUCCGACCAGAUGGACAAGAGAUCGUGUGGGAUGACAGGAAGGGAAUGCUGGUGCCCACGUCACUCCUCGGGGACACCUUGUUCCUCCAGUGUGAGACCAUCAUCCGGGGCCGAACCUUCCGUUCCAACUUCUUCAUCAUCCAUAUCACUGGGAAUGAGCUAUAUGACAUUCAGCUAUAUCCCAAGAAGGCCCUGGAGCUGCUGGUAGGGGAGAAGCUCGUCCUGAACUGUACUGUGUGGGCUGAGUUCAACUCCGGAGUCACCUUCCAGUGGGAUUACCCUGGGAAGCAGACAGAACGAGCUGGGGCGGUGACGCCUGAACGCCGUUCCCAACAGACGCACACAGAACUAUCCAGCAUCCUGGUCAUCCAGAACGUGAGCCAACAAGACCUGGGGCGGUAUGUGUGCGAAGCCAGCAAUGGUGUCCAGAGCUUCAAGGAGAGCACCGAGGUCAUCGUGCAUGACAAACCCUUCAUUAGUGUGGACUGGCUGAAGGGCCCAGUGAUUGAGGCCACAGCAGGAGAUGAGCUGGUGAAGCUUCCAGUGAAGGUGGCCGCAUACCCUCCACCAGAGUUCCAAUGGUACAAGGAUGGGAAGCCCGUCUCUGGGCGCCAGUCUCUACAUGCAGUAGUAAUCAAAGAGGUGACGGAGCAGAAUGCGGGCACCUAUACCCUGGCGCUAUGGAACAGGCAGGCUGGCCUGAGACGUGAAAUCAGCCUGGAGCUGGUAGUGAAUGUCCCUCCCCACAUCCUUGAGAAGGAGGCAUCUUCACCCAGCAUCUACUCCCGCCACAGUCGCCAGGCCCUCACCUGUACUGUGUAUGGGGCACCACCACCCGAUGUCAUCCAGUGGCAGUGGAGGCCCUGGACUCCCUGCAAGAUGUUCUCCAGACGCAGCCUGAGGCAGCCAGCAGGAGGGCGGCACCAGCGGGAUCGAAUGCCCCAGUGUGUGGACUGGAGGGAAGUCUCAGCCCAGGAUGCUGUGAACCCCAUCGAGAGCCUGGAUACAUGGACUGAAUCGGUGGAAGGCAAAAACAAGACUGUGAGCAAGCUGGUGAUUCAGGAGGCCAAUGUCUCGGUCAUGUACAAGUGUGUCACCUUCAACAAAGUGGGGCAGGACGAGAGGCUCAUCUACUUCUACGUGACUACUAUCCCGGAUGGCUUCACCAUUGAGUCUGAGCCAUCUGAGGAGCCCGUGGAAGGCCAGGACCUGACCCUCAGCUGUAAGGCGGACAACUACACUUAUGAGAAUCUUCAGUGGUACCGCUUGAACCUGUCCACACUGCAUGAUGCUCAGGGGAACCCGCUUCUGCUUGACUGCAAAAACGUGCACCUGUACGCCACCCGGCUGGAGGGCCAACUGAGCUCCACACCAGGCUCGCGCCAUGCCACGCUGCGCCUGGCCCUGCCCCGCAUCGCCCCUGAUGAGGAGGGCGAUUAUGUGUGUGAAGUGCAAGACCGGCGCAGCCACGAGAAGCACUGCCACAAGAAAUACAUCUCCGUGCAGGCUCUGGAGGUGCCCCAGCUCACACAGAACCUGACUGACCUCUCAGUGAACAUCAGCGAUUCCAUCGAGAUGCGAUGUCGGGUGGCCGGGGCCCACGUGCCAGAUAUCGUCUGGUACAAAGAUGAGAGGCCUCUGGAGGAGGAGUCAGGGAUUGACUUGGCUGACUCCAACCAAAGACUGAGUAUCCAGAGGGUGCGGGAAGAAGAUGCAGGCCGAUACCUGUGCAGUGUCUGCAAUGCCAAGGGCUGUGUCAAUUCCUCUGCCAGCGUGUCUGUGGAAGGGUCCGAGGACAAAGGCAGCAUGGAGGUUGUCAUCCUCAUUGGCACUGGGGUUAUCGCCGUGUUCUUCUGGAUCCUUCUCAUCCUCAUCUUCUGCAACAUGAAGCGGCCUGCCCAUGCGGACAUCAAGACGGGAUACUUGUCCAUCAUCAUGGACCCAGGCGAGGUGGCCCUGGAAGACCAGUGUGAAUAUUUGCCCUACGAUUCCAGCAAAUGGGAAUUUCCCCGAGAACGGCUCCAUUUGGGGAGAGUCCUAGGACACGGAGCCUUUGGGAAGGUGGUUGAAGCCUCUGCCUUUGGUAUCAACAAGGGCAACAGCUGUGAUACGGUGGCAGUCAAAAUGCUGAAAGAGGGAGCUACUGCCAGUGAACACAAAGCCCUGAUGUCAGAACUGAAGAUUCUGAUACACAUUGGAAAUCACCUCAAUGUGGUCAACCUCCUGGGAGCCUGCACCAAGCCCAAUGGGCCUCUCAUGGUGAUUGUGGAAUUCUGCAAAUAUGGGAAUCUUUCCAACUACCUGCGAACCAAGAGGGAAGACUUCAGUCCAUACAGAGAAAAGUCUCCCAGGCUUCGAAACCAAGUCCGUUCCAUGGUGGAGGCUGUGAAGGCAGACAGAAGGAGUCGGACUGGCACUAGUGACAGUGCAAUUUUCACCCGUUUUCUGCUGGGGAAAGGCCUUGCUUCCCGAGCCCAGCCUAUCCAAGAUGAGGAUGACCUGUGGCAAAGCCCCCUGACCAUGGAAGACCUGAUCUGCUAUAGUUUCCAGGUGGCCCGAGGGAUGGAGUUCCUGGCUUCAAGAAAGUGCAUUCACAGAGACCUGGCUGCUCGGAACAUCUUGUUGUCAGAGAACAACGUGGUGAAGAUCUGUGACUUUGGACUGGCCCGGGACAUCUACAAAGACCCUGAUUAUGUCAGGAAGGGCAGUGCCCGGCUCCCUCUAAAGUGGAUGGCACCAGAAAGCAUCUUUGAUAAGGUCUAUACCACCCAAAGUGAUGUCUGGUCCUUUGGAGUCUUGCUCUGGGAGAUCUUUUCCUUGGGGGCUUCUCCCUACCCUGGUGUGCAGAUCAAUGAAGAAUUCUGCCAAAGGCUUAAGGAUGGCACACGGAUGAGAGCUCCAGAGUAUGCCACAGCGGAAAUCCGCCACAUCAUGCUGAGUUGCUGGUCAGGAGACCCCAAGGAGAGGCCAGCGUUCUCUGACCUGGUAGAGAUUCUGGGAGACCUGCUGCAGGAAAAUGUUCAGCAGGAGGGAAAAGACUACAUUCCCCUGAACGACUCACAGAGCUCAGAGGAUGAUGGCUUCUCUCAGGGGCCUUCUACUACCCAUCACAACUUGGAUGCAGAAGAAUAUGACCUGAGACUCCACUGCCAUAGUUUAGCAGCAAGAUACUAUAACUGUGUAUCAUUUCCGAGUUGUUUGACUGGAGGGAAUCAAAUCAGGUGUCCAUCCAGAGUAAAAACCUUUGAAGAAUUUCCAAUGACUCACACAUCAUCUAAAGCACAUCCGGAAAAUCAAACUGAUAGUGGAAUGGUCUUGGCCUCUGAAGAAUUUGAAAGGAUAGAAAACAGACACAGAAAAGAAGGUGGAUUCAGCUGUAAAGGCUCAGGCAGAAACACGGAUCAGACAAGGGAGCGAUCAGACCUGAGAGGCAGAUGCCGGCCAUCCUACCAGACAGCAGCAGCUGGUCAGACGUUUUAUAACAGUGAAUAUGGGGAACUGUCAGAACCCUCUGAGGAUGGCAGCUCUACCCCUCCAGGAGAGGCAGCCAGUCCCCCAGUUCUCCAUGCCUCCUUCUUCUCAGAUCAGUAUUAAAGAAGUGACCGACCACAGACACUUGGGAGUCUGCUGGAGGGAUGAGGAAGGCAAUGGCAGUGGAGGGAGGGGCAAUGCUUAAGACUGAACUAUUUCCCCAUCUCACAGAAGAGAGAGGAGUCUUUGGAGGCAGUUUGGGGAAAGAUCUAAUAGUUGCCAAACUUUUGUCUUGAAGUUCUUCCUGAUGGACUGUUUCCUUGGAUUUUUCGAUUACUCUUCUUUGGGAGACAUUUUUACUCAGCAAAACUCUCCAUGCCAGCAGCACUAACACUUCACGUCCACAGCCUGAACAGAAACCACAGUGUCUGAGCGGAAAAGGAAGACCAGGGACCUUCCUGGGCCCCAGGAAAACAAACCAACCCUUUAGAAACUCACCAGCACCUUCUCCAUCACAACACUCUUUUGUAUAUGACCCAGGAUGCUUCUCUUGAGGAGAUACCGCCUUACACUAGACAUGGAUGCCUUCGUUGCUAUCCUAAAAUGGCAAACUUGGAAUUUUUAUGAUUUGAAGAAGAAAAAGACCUUUGUUCUCUGUUCUCCCUGUAAUUCAGAUAUCACAAAUGGCCAUCCCAUACCACAUAGACAGUCAUCUUGGCAGUGACAAAUCUUAUUAAAGAUAGCUAAUUUGAGACUGCAUUAACUUAACAUGAAUGUUUGCUGGAAUAAAAACAGAUUCUAUCCAUGGAGAUGGAAUUCUGCAUACGCAAAGUUAGGGAUAGUUUUAACCACAUCCAAGAGCUUCCUUGCAAUUCACUUCAGAGUAGAAAUGGAGCCUGGAAAAGAAAAACUGAAUUCAGAAGCUAAUGUAACUCAGAAACAAAACAUCAAAUACCAACACAACAGGAAAUUCUCUAACAAAGAGAUUUCUAUGUCCCAACUCACUUAAAGAAAAAAAAAUUUUUUUUUCGUUAUCCUGGGUGUAUCAAAAUUUCAAUACAGCAAAAGACUCCAGAAAGAGUUUGUCGUGACAGAAUCUCUCCUAGCAGUCAGGAUAAGAACUUCUCAAAGCUAUCCCUCACUCUCAGAGACCCUAACCAAGCUUCUGGCUUCAUUUCUGAUGGACGGCUUGAGCUCCAUCCAGUAUAGUGUUCAGAAAGGUGAUGCUGUGUGCUAGGCUCUUAUGAGAAAACGCUGUCAUGUGAAACCAAUGAAUGCUAAGACACCCAAAAGCCAUCCUGAGAACUAAGACUCCUCUUCCCUGGCCCUCCCCCACCCUCACUUCAUUCUUUUCUCUUCUUCCCUCCGUCUCUUUAUGGACCAAGGAAACCAUCACAAAAUAUCUUCACAGAAGCACACCAAAUAUUCACAGAGAGGCCUUGAGAACAAACACUCUCCGGGUUUUCUCUCAUCUCGUCCAAUAUCACGUGGUCUUUUCUCACCUGGAAUUCCAGAAUAUUCCUCAUCAGAAGAUAUGCCCCUUCCCCUUCCACAUUCUCCAUGCCAUAAUGAGUGCUUGCAGGACAGGCUUCUGUGUAUAGGACUAAGGGUUUUGUUAUAUCUGAUAUCCUUCCUCCAGAUUAUAUUUUUACUUUAUAAUACAUUGAAUACAUUUA